AUGGCGGACGCGCAGAAUCCCAACGACGAGCUUUACCCCAUCGCGGUGUUGAUGGAUGAGUUGAAGCACGAUGAUGUCCUACUUCGCCUAAACGCCAUCCACCGCCUCUCCACUAUCGCCCUUGCUCUGGGGCCCGAACGCACUCGCGAGGAGCUCAUCCCCUUCCUCGACGAAAACCUUGCUUCUAUCGAGGAGCCUGUCGUGCGAGACAAGGCCGUCGAAUCUCUCAACAAGAUCUGCGCCGAUCUGUCCUCUGAACAAGUCGAGGAGUACUUCAUCCCUCUCACCAUCCGACUCUCGAAAGCCGACUGGUUCACCUCCAAAGUGUCAGGCUGCGGUCUUUACGCCGCCCCGUACAAAAAGGUUUCGCCAGCCGUCCAAGAACAGCUUCGCCAACAGUUUGGCCAUCUCGUCCACGAUGAAACCCCCAUGGUCCGCCGCCAGGCCGCGAUGAAUCUCGCGAAAUUCAUCCAGGAAAUGUCCGCCCCGUUCGUCCGGCUCCUCACCGUCGAAGUCUUGAUCUCCAUCGCCGAGGUCGUCCCGAAGGAGCAACAGGCUAGCCAUGGCGUCCUACUGACCUCCCUCCGCAACCUGAUCGUGGACAAGGCUUGGCGAGUCCGGUAUAUGGUAGCAGACCGGUUCGAAAAGAUUGCCAAGGCUGUCGACGAGGAGGUUGUUGCGAGGGACUUGGUUCCGGCUUUCGUAAAGCUGCUCAAGGACAACGAAGCAGAGGUGCGGACGGCCAUCGCGGGCCAAAUCCCUGGAUUCUGUGCCUUGGUUGAUCGUUCGGUCCUCCUCGACUCCAUCAUGGGCAGCAUUGAGGGUCUCGUCAGCGACACUUCCCAACAUGUCAGGGCCACUCUCGGAACACAGAUUAGCGGCUUAGCGCCUAUUCUCGGCAAGGAAGCGACUAUUGAGCAUCUCCUGCCCAUGUUUCUCUCUAUGCUGAAGGAUGAGUUCCCCGAUGUCAGGCUCCAUAUUAUUUCCAAGCUUGAGCUGGUCAACCAAGUCAUCGGUAUCGAUCUCCUCUCGCAGUCGCUGCUUCCCGCCAUUGUUCAAUUGGCCGAGGAUAAGCAAUGGCGCGUGAGGCUCGCCAUUAUCGAAUACAUUCCGUUGUUGGCGAGCCAGCUCGGUGUCAACUUUUUCAAUGAGAAGCUGAGCAACCUUUGCAUGAGCUGGCUGGGCGACACCGUCUUCUCCAUCCGAGAGGCUGCCACUGUGAACCUGCAGAAGCUCACAGAGGUCUUUGGCGUCGACUGGGCUAAUGAGGCUAUCAUCCCCAAGGUCAUGGCCAUGGGUAACCACCCCAACUACCUUUACCGCAUGACGACCUGCUUUGCGAUAUCCACCCUUUCGGGCGUGGUGAGCAUGGACGUGAUUGCAAAGUCCAUAAUCCCCAUGCUUGACAAGCUCGUUGAUGAUGAUAUCCCCAAUAUCCGCUUCAACGUCGCCAAGACUUAUGGUGCGAUUAUUGACACCUUGCGCCGCUUGCCCGACCAGGGCACCAUUUACAACUUGGAGAAGGCAGGAACGCCCUUCCAGGCCUCUCCUCGGGGCAUGGAGCUCAUCCAACAACGCAUCCUACCCAAUCUCGAGAAGCUCCAGAAGGACACGGAUGUGGAUGUCUGCUUCUUUGCGGUGACGGCGGCCCAGCGUGCAACAGGUCAGGUGGAGGGGGAGCCGAUGAAUACUUCGCCAUAG